AUGAAGAAAUUAAUAUCCAAGAAGAAGCUCGUUGAGGGUGAUACUAUUGAGAUUACUCAUGGGUAUAGUGAUAUCAUGGAUAACAAAGUCGCGAAAAAGAAAAAUGACCCCAGAGCAUUCACUAUCCCUUGCACUAUUAGGACUCAUGAGUUUGCAAAAGAUCUUUGUGACCUUGGUGCAAGCAUCAACCUAGUGCCCUUUGUCAUCUAUAAGAAACUUGGCUUGGAAACUCUUACACCGACCUCGAUACGACUGAUGGCGGACCAUUCCAUAAAAAGGCCAGUGGGUAUAUUAUUUGAUGUCCUUUUGAAGGUGGACAAAUUUAUUCUCCCAGUGGAUUUCAUAUUAUUCGAUUAUGAGAUAGACCAAGAGGUACCUAUCAUUCUUGGUCAUCCUUUCUUAGCCACUGGGAGAGCCAUUGUCAAUCUAGAGCUGGGGGAGAUAAAAUUUUGGGUACAAGAAGAUGAGGUCUCGUUCAAAAUUUUCAAGUCAAAGAAGCAAACCGCGGAGCUCCUAGUAGUAUCCUUGGUGGAUGUUGAAAAUGGAAAAGUGAAUGAUGAGGGGUUUGAGGCCUCGCCGUGA